ACGACACACAGCAUGAGGUUACUGGGUGGUAGAGGCCUGACGGGCCUGGCGCGUGCCCCGCUCCCAACACGGCACACGACGCUCUCGCUCCUCGAGGCGCGGCGCCACAACUCGUCGUCUUCGUCGGCAGCGACGACCCGCCCGCCGUUCUUCACGGCGCCGGCAGACGAGGCCCCGCGGCCAUGGUACAUCACCACGCCGAUCUUCUACGUCAACGCGUCCCCCCACAUCGGACACCUCCACUCGGUCGUCCUCGCCGACACAUUUGCGCGCUUCGCGCGCCUCCGCGAGCCGGGGCGCGAGGUCAUGUUCCUCACCGGCACCGACGAGCACGGGCUCAAGAUCCAGCAGGCGGCCGCCAAGGCCGGGCGCAGCGAGCAGGAGUUCUGCGACGAGGUCAGCCUGCGCUUCCGCGACCUGGCGGACCGCGCCAACAUCUCGUACACGACCUUCUUCCGCACGACCGAGGAGCGGCAUUACACGGCCGUGCAGGCGUUCUGGGACAAGCUCGUCGCGCGCGGGGACGUCUACAAGGGCUCCCAUAGCGGGUGGUACUCUGUCUCGGACGAGUGCUUCUACUCGGACAUCCAGGUCGAGAAGGUCGACGGGGUCAUGGUGUCGAGCGAAACCGGCUCCGAGGUCGUGUGGCAGGAGGAGGAGAACUGGAAGUUCCGGCUCGGCGCGUACGGCGACAAACUGACCGAGUGGCUGUCGCGCCCAGAGUCCGUCUACCCCGAGGCAUACCGCCAGGACCUGCUCAAGCAGGCGGCGUCGCUCAACGACCUGUCCGUCUCGCGGCCCUCCUCCCGCGUGUCAUGGGGCGUGCCCGUCCCCGGCGACCCCACGCAGACGAUCUACGUGUGGGUCGACGCGCUGAUCAACUACCUCACCAACACGGGCUACCCGGCGCCGACGGUCGGCUGGCCGCCAAACAUGCACGUGGUCGGCAAGGACAUUAUCAAGUUCCACGCGAUGCACUGGCCUGCGCUGCUCAUGGCGGCGGGCGAGGCGCCGCCGCGCCGCGUGCUCGCGCACGCGCACUGGACGAUGCACCGCACGAAAAUGUCCAAGUCGCGCGGCAACGUCGCGGACCCGCUCGCCGCAAUGGACCAGUACGGCGUCGACGGCGUGCGCUGGUACCUCAUGCGCGCGGGCGGCUCGCUGCCCACCGACGCCGACUACUCGCCCGUCGAGCUCGCGGCAAACUACGACCGCCUGCGCGACCAGGUCGGUAACCUCGCGCAGCGGAUCGCCUCGCCCGCCAUCCUCGACAGGGUGUGCGACUGGCAGUCCAAGUUCUCCGUGCCCGAGCUCGACGCCUCGCUCUCCGCCCUGAGGGGUAGCUACGAUGCGCACUUUGAGGCGUACGACAUCUCGCGCGCGGCCAGUCUGCUCAUGGACACGGUGGUUGAUGCGAACAAGUUCUUCACCGACGAGGCCCCGUGGGCCUCGUCAGACGCGACCGCGGCCGUCGUGUACGUGUACGCGGCCCUCCGCCUGGUCGGUAUCCUCGCCCAGCCCAUCAUGCCCGCCAAGGCUGUCGAGCUGCUCGACCGCCUCGGCGUGCCCGAGUCGGAGCGCGCCUGGGCCAACGCUACCUGGCAGCCUGGAGCCCCCGUCGACGCGGAGGAGAUCGUAAGGCGUAUCAAGAACGGCGCCAUGCCGUUCAGGGGCACGACGCUGUUCCCCCGUGCUGAGUUGGAGGAAGACUCGCUGCCCACGAAUGAGACGAAGGGGAAGAAGACUGGGAAGAAGGAGAAGAAGCCGAAGGAGAAGAAGGUGAAGGAGAACAAGUAGAACACGACUACACAACAUCAAUCAGCAUGCAGCAUCAUCAUUACUCUUGAAA